UUUCAAACUUUGCUCAGUACUUUAUUUUUUAAAGACGGGCGCCCUCUCCUGUUUUGUGAAAGAAACAGUCGAAUUUUUUACUGGAGGUGGCUCGUCGCCGGGAAGGCUUUGCUGGCGCUGCUUUGAGGCCAGGAUUUGAAGAAUCGUAUUUCAAUGGAGAAGACGACGGGGAAGGGCAAGGCAUGAUCCUCGCUUUCCACACAACCAAGCCACGCCUUGCCGAAGGACGUGACUUUGUACGCUCCGCGAAGAACGGCGGGGGUCCGGAGAGCCACGAUCGGCUGUGGCACCGGACGGAGAUAGCGGGGGCGGAAGGGACGCCCUAUCUGUUGGGGCGUGGCCUUAUGACGCGAUGUCACGUCUCCCUGUGUGAUGUCCUAUUGGUUCUCCAUUACCGCCCUUUUCCGGGGCCGAUAGACUGGCCGCAGGGGCCGGAAGUGGGGUAGCCCUCGGCUGCAGGGGCGGCGGUGUGGAAAACAGCGAAUCUGGUGCUAUUGUAGCUGGCCAGCUUCUUCAUUCAGGCUCCAUCCCGAGUUGAAGACCUCCAGGAUUCUGGUGACCUAUGGAAGGGAUCGGAUCGUGAAUUAUCCGGCGCAGAUCCAAAUAGCCUAGCCGCUGAGAGGCACCGGAAGCUUCGCCUCUAGGAGGAGUGGAGAAGGCUCGCCUUGGAAGAAGGAACCCAUAGGGACUGCCCCCGGGGCGGAGCCCGCCGACCAUGGCCACGCCCCCGGGGGCCGGUCCCGCGGCUCUGCGCUUCGCAGCCGCGGCCACCUGGCAAGUGGUGCGGGGACGCCGCGUGGAGCAUUUCCCCCGGGUGUUAGAGUUUUUGCGAUCACUGCGCGCUGCUGCCCCUGGCUUGGUUCGCUACCGCCACCAUGAACGCCUGUGUAUGGGCCUAAAGGCCAAGGUAGUGGUGGAGCUGAUCUUGCAGGGCCGGCCGUGGGCCCAAGUUCUGAAUGCUCUACAUCACCACUUCCCAGAGUCUGGACCUGUAGUGCGGGACCCGAAAGCUACAAAGCAGGAUCUGAGGAAGAUCUCAGAGGCACAGAAAACCUUUUGCCAACAGGUGAAGCAACUAGCAGAGACCCCAGUGGACUUGGCUUCCAAGCUGCAGGAACUUGAACAAGAGUAUGGGGAACCCUUUUUGGCUGCCAUGGAAAAGCUGUUUUUUGAAUACCUGUGUCAGCUGGAAAAAGCACUGCCUGCAUUGCAGGCACAGCAGCUUCAAGAUGUGCUGAGCUGGAUGCAGCCUGGAGUUUCUAUCACGUCUUCUUUUGCCUUGAGCCAAUAUGGUGUGGACAUGGGGUGGCCACUUCCAGAGCGCUUGGUUACUGAUUCAGUGAGCGUGACAGAGCCCAUGGAGCAGAGUCCUCCUCAGCAACCAAAGCUAGUACUUCAUGAUCCAUCGCCAAAAGCCAGGCCUAGCUCAUACCUUUCUCGGGGACUAGCCUCAAGGAAGAACCCAGAACCUUUGGCUGGCCACCACUUCAAUCUGGCCCCUCUAGGCCGGCGAAGAAUCCAGUCCCGAUGGGCAUCCACUAAGGGAGACCAUAAGGAGCGCCCUACAGUCAUGCUGUUCCCCUUUAGGAAUCUGGGUUCACCAAGCCAGAUCAUAUCUGAGCCUGAGAGCAGGGAAGAACGUGAAACACACACGUCAGAUCUGGCAGGUGCUGCGGGCAUGAGAGCAGCUUCCACUGGAAAGUCUAAGAGUCCAUCCCAGACCCUGGGGGGAAGAGCUCUGAAGGAGAACCCAGUUGACUUGUUUGCUUCAGAGAAAGAAGAGAAUUGCUUGGUUUGCCCCAUGGACCCCCUGAGACUGUCAUUAUCACCUCCUAAGGCUAGGAAGCCAGUGUGUCCCCCAUCUCUGUGCAGCUCUGUCAUUACCAUAGGGGACUUGGUUUUGGACUCUGAUGAAGAAGAAAAUGACCAGAGGGAAGGAAGGAUGCUGCGUCCCCAGAUUUGCAUUUGAUUACCUUACUUCAUUUUCUCAGCCUGCUUUCCUUGCUUCCUCCCCAGUGAGUACCCUGGGCAUUUUGUGCAUACAGAGUACAGAUUUAUUGCAGAAGCCCUCAGGAGUAAGGCAACAGGAAAUAACCGAGUGAUAAAUAGCCAUAGUAGCUGGCGUGUGUGAGGAGCCCAUCAGGAGGCCCUGUGCUAGGCUGCUAGUGCUUUGAGAGGGCACUGCUGCUCAGGUCUAGCUGUCAUCACUGAAGAUUGGAUUCACCUGCUGGGUGACUCGGAUAAAGGUGGUUCUCCGGCUCAACUCCUUCAGUUUAGCUGCUCCCACGUAGGUACAUGUGGAACGGAUGCCUCCAAGGAUGUCUCGGAUGGUAUGGUCCACAUCCCCUUUAAAGGGCACCUCCACUGUCUUUCCCUCUGAGGCCCUUAGAGGAGGAAAAAUUUUCUAACCUUUUCUUUUUGGAUUUCUUAACCCCGACAGCACCUCCCCAGUCUCUAGCAUUUAGCCCCAGUUCACCACUUUUCCUCCAAGGAUGUAUCAAGCAUUUCCCAGCAGCCAGAGUUCUGCCACCACCCUGCUUAGUCACAAUUUCCAGGAACCCUCAGCUCCUGGACCUCUGCACAUACCUGUAUUCAGCCACGCCCCCAGCAUACUUCUUCAUGGCCAUUUCAGAACUCAUCCCAUAGAAGAGCUUGUACUUCUUGCCAUCCCUCUCGAUGAGCUCACCACCUGACUCAUUGUGCCCAGCCAGCAUGCCACCCAGCAUCACAAAGUCAGCUCCUGCCCCUGCCAGCAUCAACAAGGGGAAAAGAGAAUUGAAUCUGGCCCACGCGCCCAUAUGCCCACCCCUGGAAGCAACUCAUGCCAAAUUCUCAGUCCUGACAAUGAUUCUAACAUCUUCCUGGUUUUGUUUCCCUAGCUGACCCACAACCCACACAGGCCUGCUCUGCUCUGGCCUCUACUCCUGAGUAAGCCUGAUUUCCCCAAGAAUUUAAAAAGAGCCUCUGGAGAUUCCUUGCCUGGGUUUUGCUCUUUUUUUUUUUUUUUUUUUUUUUUUUGCUGCUUUUACCAUCUGGUCAUUUCUUUGUACUAUGUGCAGCUAAACAAGAGACUCCAAGUGUCCUAGGGGCAAAGGUCUCUAACUUUAGUCCAACAGUCUGAGGGAUGCUACAGAUGGAGCUGGCAUGCUGUGCAGUCUGUAUCAGAGUCUCAGGGUUUCCCCUGCUGGCUUGCCCCAGGUGACACCACGGGCUUCAGGGUCAUUAGUUCAUAUUGUCAAAAAAUCUGAACGGCUUUCUCAGUCUUUCCAAGCCUGAUCCUUGGCCCUCAGAGGUGACUUAUCCUCUUCUA